AUGUGCUAUUAUGCGCUCAGCUGUCAAAUAUUGGUUACUAGAUAGGGAAUUAUUAAAUAGUAAUGAUCCCUAGUACUUGCAUAUAGCUACGGAAGAAUAAGGGAGAAGUUGUUAUGCAGGGGAUGUUGCCAUGUAAGGAGAGGCGAUGUCGGACCUCGACCGCAGCCUCACAGCAAUAGAUUGGCUGCCAUGCCUCAAUGCACACAACACAUUACCAGCAACAGAUGGUUCGGUGGAAACUGGGAACAAUGGUGAAGUUGAUGCUAUGAUCCGAGAAUCAAAUCUUGGGUCGCCUAAUCGGGCCAAAGAUGGGAAACCGCCGUACAGCUAUGCCAGCCUCAUUCGUCUAGCUAUCAGUAGUGCAUCCAAAGGAAAGAUGACUCUUUCAGAGAUAUACCAAUUCAUCAUACAACAGUUUCCAUACUAUCGGAAUGCAGGAACAGGUUGGAAGAACUCCAUACGCCACAAUCUGUCACUCAACAAGUGCUUCACAAAGGUUGCGCGUAGCAAGGAUGACCCAGGGAAGGGCAGCUACUGGAGUAUUGACUACAACACGAGUCAGGAUGAUGGCUUCUCCAAGAAGAAGAAGAGUGCUUCCCAGUUAUUCAGGGCAUCACCAUACAGUCCAGAGUGUAGCAGCAAUAGCAGUGACUAUAACAGCUGUGCCUUCACGGCUUCUGGGGGUGUGCGCCCGAAGGUGUCUGACUGGCCGUCAGCCCCACCUAACAAAUAUGAGCAGCCGUCGAUGAAAGCUAACUCCCGUUGUUCUGCUCCAGCUGACAGCAUGCAGCUGCACUUCGAGCCAGGAGGCAUGCCGCUGAGGGAUCACGCAGGAAGUGGCAGUGAUCUGGGACACCUGGAACUCAAUGACACCAAUGAGUUCUCGGCUGUACUUAGUGGGCUUCUUUCCCAGUACGGAAUGAGCUUGGAGUCUGAGCAGAGUCAUCAGCAGAUGUCGACUGGCAUGCAUUCUGGUGACCCCCCAUAUGGGUCGCAGGGUGCCAAUCCAGAGUCCCCAUACAGCAGUGUCCUGCCCAGAAAUGUUAAUCAGUUGGACCCUUCAUACAGUCCUCUACAGAGAGGAUCUUCAGGUUUGAAUGAAUCUCAGUACAACGCCAUCCAGAGGGGAGGAUCAGGGAAUGGUAAUGAGCCAUCGUAUGCUUCAGUCCCUAGACGAGCGAGUACUGCCAGUUCUCCUUACAGCAUGGCACCGAGAGGUGCCAGCAAUUCGCCGUACUCUGAUCUCUCACGAGCUUCCGGCUCUCAUGAUUCUCCCUACACUGUCUCCCAGGAAGAUGGCUCUCCGUACAGUAGUCGGUGUUCAAGCGCAGUAGGUGCAAACAGUGAUGCCCAUUUAGCUGUGCCCAAUGGAGUCAGCAUACCAAAUGGUCAUUACUCUACAGUGUCAGGAAACAGAUCUGUACCACAAAAUGAUCCUUAUAAUUUCCAGCUUGCUUCCAAUGGGCCCUAUAUGAAACUCACAAACAGUGGUACAUAUCCUGGCAGGCAGGAUUCCUAUGCUGGAUCUUAUCACGGUGUAUGCAAAGAUGUCUCGAACAGAGGGGGUUAUGAUGUCAUGUACCCAGAUUCUCAUGGUGGCUCUGAUAACCCAUACACUGACACGAGGUCUGAUCCACAGUACUCGAGUGUCGAAAGUGGUGCCUCAUACAGCAGUAUCCCAUCAGGGGGACCAGGCCCCUGUGGCAGUCCAUACGCAAGAGUGUCUGUGGAGAAUAAAUCCAAUGACACGUCAUACACGAAUGUUAUUUGUGGAGGUGACAGUGUUCCAUAUUCACAAGAUGGCAGUCGUUACAGUAGCUCUGGUUCUCAUGAUGGUUCGUAUGGACCUGGAGCUACCGGUAGUCACGAAGGCAGUUAUGUGACCAGUUCUCGCAGUAGCCCCUUUUCAAAUAGCAAGUCUCACGCCCCAAGCCACAGUGACUCCAGGAACUCAUUUAAUCAUAACCCUUCCGUGAACAUACUGUACAAUCCUAAUAGUGGACAUUAUGGUGGCACUGGUGUCCCAAACAGAGCAUGUACAAAUGGUGCUUAUUCUAGUGCAUACAGUAGCAGGAAUGUUAAUAUGAAUCAAGUGAACUCCCACGAGUUUGAAGGUGCAACAGUAAAUAACGUGAUGGAAGUGGUAGCGAAUCGCAGUUUUAACAGUGGAAGUCAGACUGAAGAAACAUUUCACCAGAGUGGUAGUUUUGUUGCUGCGCAGUCGAAACAUCAUGGGUUCGAAUCUGUAAACUGUACUGCCUUUCAGAAUAACACCUGUAAUGUCAGUGGUUGUGCCCCUUCUGUAGAGCAAGUGUUUCAAGGUAAAGAUUGUGCGGGCACGGGCCACGCAAUAGCAGAGCAUAGUUUUCAGGCGAAGGAGUGCAGCGAGGAAGGGCCACACAUGUUGAAACAAAGUGGUGCCGACAGGUAUGCAGGUGAGGAGUGCCCCAAAGGCCUGCUGGUUCACCGCAAUGAAGUGAUCAACCCACCUGCGCCAACACAGACUCACUCAGAUGAUGAGAUAGAAGAUGAUUUCAACUGGGAUCGCCUGUUAUAACAUUGGCUGUACAUGAUUAGAUAUCGCAUGACUGUAUAGGCAGUCACUGUGCUUUUUAUUAUUGUCAUUGUUUGUUGUUGAUUUGAGACAAAGUUCGCAAGUGGUCAGAUCAGAUUACUAGCUCGGGAAGUGCAGCAUCCAUACCAGUAUGUAAGAUUAAUUAUUCCAUCAACACAAUAAUAUUUUGUACGUUUUUUUUAAAUAUGCUAAAUUAUGAAUGAUAAUUGACCUGUUAUUUAAGUAACAAUAUUCUUACUAACAAUACUCUUGAGAGAGGCAUAGUAUACUUUGAUUUUCGGUUUUGUGAGAUUUAAGAUCCUGGCAGUGGUAACCAUGAAGAUUACUGUUUUCUGGGAUGUGACACUGUGUAGUCUGGUAGAUUGCUACCAACAUUUUGGAGGCAGCCAAUUCCUCUGAAUAUGUCAGACCAUACAACUUCAUCUCCCAGAUGAUCAUAAUCUUUUAAGUAUGAGUGUUUCCCCCAUUUGAGAUUAUGAACGCCAUUAUGGUUAUUUACUGUACCAAGCUGUACUCUCAGUUGUUUCUUUGUUAGUAUAUUCUUGUUUUAUUAAUCCUUGUUAACAUUUUACUGUUUACACUGAAAAAAUGGAGCCGGGAUAGCAUGGUCAGUAUAGUGAGUGGCAAAGGACUGGAUGACUGGGAAGUCAGAGUUUGAGUCCUGGUUGGGUCAAGAAUUUUCUCUUCUCCACAUCGCCCAGACCAAUUCUGGG